UCUGCUCCUACCCCCAGUUCCCAGAGCUCCCAACCGCCCGCGCCCGCUGCUAGGCAGCGGCGGGGAUGGCGAGGCGCGGAGCCGGGGCGGUGACGAUAGCAGCGAGUCCACCAUUGGACGAGGAGCCCUGAGGGACGGGCCAGCCUGGUGAACAAGGAGAUAGCGAGGCGGGUGGCCCCGAGAGAGCGAGGGCAAUGGAGGCCAACAUGCCGAAGCGGAAGGAGCCUGGCAAGUCCCUGCGCAUCAAAGUCAUCUCCAUGGGCAACGCUGAAGUGGGAAAAAGCUGUAUUAUAAAACGAUACUGUGAGAAAAGAUUUGUGUCUAAAUAUCUUGCAACCAUUGGAAUUGACUAUGGAGUCACAAAGGUACAAGUCAGAGACAGAGAAAUCAAAGUUAACAUCUUUGAUAUGGCUGGCCAUCCCUUCUUCUAUGAGGUUCGUAAUGAGUUUUACAAGGAUACACAGGGUGUAAUACUGGUCUAUGAUGUUGGGCAGAAAGAUUCCUUUGACGCCCUUGAUGCGUGGCUGGCAGAGAUGAAGCAGGAUCUUGGACCUCAUGGAAACAUGGAAAAUAUUGUAUUUGCAGUGUGUGCCAACAAGAUUGACUGUACCAAGCACCGCUGUGUAGAUGAAAGUGAAGGGCGUUUGUGGGCCGAAAGCAAAGGCUUCCUGUACUUUGAAACUUCAGCACAGACUGGAGAGGGAAUCAAUGAGAUGUUCCAGACCUUUUAUGUAUCCAUAGUUGACUUAUGUGAAAAUGGAGGGAAACGUCCUAUCACGAAUAGCAAUGCUAGUUUCACCAAAGAACAAGCAGACACCAUUCGCAGAAUUCGAAACAGUAAAGACAGUUGGGACAUGUUGGGAGUCAAACCUGGGGCCUCAAGGGAUGAAGUCAACAAAGCCUAUCGGAAGCUCGCUGUGCUGCUUCACCCCGACAAGUGCGUGGCUCCCGGUAGUGAAGAUGCCUUCAAAGCGGUGGUGAAUGCCCGGACAGCCCUCCUGAAAAACAUCAAGUAGGAAGUCAGAGAAAAAGACAAGUGCGGCCCUCAAGUAUAAACUGACUGUCCCUAGAAGUGAAAUAACCACCAUGGAUUUUUUUUUUUCUUUUUCCACAAAAAUCUUACUGCUUUUUUCUCUUGUGUGUCAUUUGUAAAUUAGAAAUUCAGGUACCUGUGACCAUUUCAGACAUUUUACAGAGCAGUGAAGAGAACCAAGCGCCACUUGUACGUAUAGUUCCUUUCCUAUUUCCAAAUAAUCCGAAUUUUGUUCCUCCUUCAUUUGUGAGCUCGGUAAUGGUAGCAUCCCUCACGCACUUGACUCAGGACAGUCCAGGAGGUUUCUGGAGGGAGGAAGGGGCACAGGAGGACCUUUUGCUUUUCUUUUCCUUUUUAAAAAGUUCAUUGGAGAAGGAGACAGCAGAAACAGAAGGAAACGAUAACAAAACCCCCAAGAGUGUGGUGGGACCUCACAAGCAAGUCACUUCUUUUACGAGUUCCUUAGUAGGAUUUGAACCAUCGAUCCAUCUGUAAUUAAUGAACUCUGGAGAGCCCUUUGGAAGUUUGUGAAUCAAGGUAAUACCGUUCCAAAUUGAGCAGUCCUUUGUGGACCUAUACUCUGUCCCCUUCUCCAGCCACCAGGGGGAGAGACAGGCUAGUUCUAGGAGAGAAAAGACAGUGGCAGCCACGAGUUCUGGAACACUGGCUGUUGCUCGUCUUGCCCCUAGAUCUGAGGCCUUUCUCCAGCCGCGGAAGCAAUGCCAGUAGCAGUAGGGAGCAUCGGGCACCCAGGAAGCAGGAGUCAGGUCCCACAACAGACGUGCUUGCAGGUCACAUGAGAGCUUAUAUACGCAUCCUGGAAGGCAAGGCCAGAAGCAAGGCCCAAGGGCACCACCAGCCUGGCUUGGACUUGUCCGAUGCCCCUCAGAGAGCCUGUGGAUGAGGCUUCUGCCUUUUCUUGUUUCUGCAUCCUUGGCCACAGGUAGGUAGGAAACGCAGGGGCACUCCUCUACCGCCUGGCCUAUUCACUUACCUACUUGAGUUCCUUCCUUUUCCUUUUCUCUUCCUUAUUUAUUUAUUUUUAAAAUAUACCACAUCUGUCAUUUUUCUCCUGAUUGUCUGGCUUUUGGCCACUGCCUCUUCCAUCCUCCCUUACGAGGCUUUACCUUACAGUCCUCCCGUACAAGCCCUGGUUGACUGGAGUCAAGUGUGGAUCCUUUGGGUGUUGGUGGAGGGAGAGAUCGUAAGGCCUGUGUGGGAAGAAUCUCUAAUUUUUGCUUGGGCUCCAUAUUUCUAAACAGUAAUAUAUUUACAGUCUAGAUUAUGAAAGCUUAUGUAAUGUAGAGAAAUCCAUUCUCUUGCCAUAGUCUCCUCCUCCUUAUCCACGGAACGGAUGAAGAUCAAGUAUGUUAGGACUGGCCCUUCCUCCAGAGCUUUCAGAACUGGUCUUGCUGUUUGACCCAUUGUAUUGUGAAUCUCGGUACAUUACUCAUCUUUUAGCUGCAACCACCCUGCACUAAUUGGGCUUUAAGGUGCAUGAAAUGUGAGUUUCAAGCAGCUAUCCCAUAUUGAUCACCAAAUAGCAUUCACCUACCCAAAAAGAAAAGCCACUUCAGUUUCAUUCCAGCCCUCUGCAGUCUUCUGGAUUCUCCUCUCCAAAGCAGCUUCCCUUUGCGUGUCUGCCCUUGGGCCGCAUUGAGCUUGUUGUCAGGAAACCAGAGCAUUGUUUUCUAGUAUAUCUUUUCAUCUUGGUAAUACUGAAAAUGCUUCUUUUUUAUGAAUUGAGUCUAAUACAUGAUUUCCUGGGGAUUUUCCUCUGGACUUGUAAUUUUAAAUAGCUUCUGGGACUAUAAAACUCCAACCAAAGUGCUUCUGAAUUUAAAUUUUACUUAAGGCCUUCAUCAUGCCUAAAGUAAUUAAAAAUGUGGGUCUAUUCUUGUAAAGGAACUAGAGUCAAAUAAACAAGGGACUGUGCAUGAUAGCAUCAGCCCAAAUUGACAUGACAGCCCACUGAGUAUGUGGCCCUGUAUGGAGCCUAUGCUAGUUUUCAUCACUGUUGCUAAAGACCAGGUUGGUCACCUCAUUCAACUACAUUGUGCAGAUGAACAGUUACAACAGAAUUUGUUAGUGCUUCCGUUCCUAUAUAACGAGUGACUUGUAGAAAUUUAUCCUGAUUUUGGUUCUUAGGUCUUAGAACUCAGUUCCUAACACCUUCAUUAUUAAUGUUAAGGAUGGCCAUGAAUUUAUGUAAAAGAAAGAAAAGAAGAAAGUUAAGCUUCAGGGUCCUGGAAUUUGUCCGAGUGCCAUAAUCCUUGAGUAGAAUAUUAAGGGAUAAUAAAGCAUGAUUUGCAAUG